ACAGGAACCAAUGGCAACAUAGAUUUUUCUCUUUUUCCCCCCCCACCGUAACCCCUCAGGCAGAAGUGACGGGUAUAGUCGUCCCGCUGCUGGCCCGGAAGGAUCCUAUCUGUUCCUCAUAUUUCGGAGGUUGUCUAAAUCAAGAGGACCUCUUUAUGCGCUUGUGAAGAGCAGCUGUACGGACGGGAAUAUGAGUUCAAGAGCAUCCAGGAAAUUACAGUUCUAAAGCCCCGCCCUCUCUUUUCCCCUAUAAAGGCUGCAUGCUGAAUCAAACGGCGAGUCCGAAUCCGAUGUCAACGCCUGCUGACUGCUGCAUCUGCCUGGAUGAGUUCACCAGCCCGGCGUCGCUCCCCUGCGGACACCGCUUCUGCCUGGCGUGCAUAGGGGAGUACUGGAGGACCGGCGAGAGCUGCCAGUGCCCCCUCUGCAUGGCGGUCUUCCCCAAACGGCCGCAGCUAAAGACCGAGCGAACCGAAAACGGAGCCGAACCGCUCAAAGCGGGAGAGGUCCCGUGUGACGUCUGUCCGGCUCGGCGGGCCGCGGUCCGGUCCUGCCUGGUGUGCCUGGUCUCGUACUGCUCCGCCCAUCUGGAGCCGCAUUAUCAGAGGGAGGACCUCGGACGCCACCUGCUGGUCAGUGUGGCGAAGAACCUGGAGGACUCUGUGUGUCGGCUGCAUGGGAGGAAGCUGGACAAGUUCUGCCGGAGUGACCGAAGCUGCAUUUGCGCCACCUGCGCCAGGACGGAGCACAGAGGCCACCAUGUUGUUUCCGUCAGCAAGGAAGCUGCUAGGAACAAGACUAAACUGAAGCGCAGACGACUGAAGCUUCAGCAAGAGAUUCAGGGGAAGCUGAGCGUGGCUGAGGACGCGGAGCGGACCGCUGGCCUCCGUGGAGGAGAACUUCCAGCAGAACUUUGGGCGCAAGCCAGGAAGCCGCUCAAACUGCUGGAAGAGGAGAUCAGCGAGCUGCAGGAGAGGAACGCGGAGCUGGAGCAGCUCUUACAGACCGAAGACAACCUCCGCUUUCUGCAGCGAUUCCUACACUCCUGUUCUUGAGCGGAACGACAAGACGCUCGACAUCCGUGGGCCAAAAAAAUACAAUUGUGACAUAUAAAAAUAUAUAUUUUGUUCUAUAAAGAUAUAAACUCUCAGAAA